AUGGCCGCCAUCUCCCUCCCCGUCUCGGACGCGCACCAACUCACGAAACGAAGAAACUGGGCUGGAGACAACCCCGGCGUGAUCCUGGUCUUCUGCAUCGUCUUCAUCGUGGCCAUGGGACUGGUCUUUCUCUUCAUCUACCGGAAAUGGAUGGCACGGAAAGCAGCAAAGAAAUCCUACGAUGUGGAAUAG